AUCCGAAGAAGGUUUGGACUUUUGGCGUACAUAAAUACACACCAUUUCCUCGCACUCUAGAGUCCUAAACAACCUCAAACACACGCAAUACCGCAGCCAAAAUCGAUCUCGUUGACAACAAAAGAUCGCAUGUAAUAUAUCACAUCACCUAUUCCAGCUUUCGCCAUGGCAAACGCAGUCAACAAAAAGACCCACAUGACCACAGGGGACAUGGACCAACUUGAAAAGUCGGGAAACGAAAUGGAAAAAAUCCACCAAAUCCUCAACGAUGACCUCUCGCCAUGGAAUCAGAAAAGCCUUCGAUAACGACCUCUGGCAAGGAAUCAGUGAAGAACAAAAGCAAAAAGCAUUCAUCUUAAAGCAAGAAGUACUUGACAAAUCUCUGUUCAAGACAAAAACAAGGGGCGGCUUGGUUAUCGUCAACUUUGGAGAAGACCCCAAAAGCAAUCCCGAAUACUUCGAAACACAAACGGCCAAACUCAGGACGGGAAAAAGCUCGCCAAUGGCCCACCUGGUUGCGGACUGGGAGAGCACGGAAAUUGAUACACAUAAACACAGCGUCAACACAAUCAAAUGGUUCUGCUCGGUCCCUUAUACAAACCCAGAGAAUGAGGAGGAAAGAAAGAUUCAGGAAUAUCCCAGAGGAAUGAUGUGUAGCCUUCUCAAUCAGCUUCUGCGGGUGAUUUCUGAUGAGUUUCCCGAAUUCAACCUAUCAGGAUCAUUCUUGGACGACAAAGACUUUGCUGAUCGUCUCAAAAAUCGAGAAAUCAAAGCUUUAUGGGGGGUGUUCAGUUGCCUAGUGGUCCAGCUCCCCUGGGGGGCUGAUGUGAUGUGUGUGAUCGACAAGAUCACCACGUACGAGACCAGUGAUCUUGAAGAAGAUCUGGAUUUCAUUAUCGUUAGCAAGGGUGGAAAAUAG